AUGAAUGUAAAUACCUUCAUUGUUGAUUGACGCCGUUGGCCACUAGUUUGACGCGGAGUCAUGCCGAUCGACAUGACCAUUGCAGGCGCGAUGGGCCUGAAAGCUGUUGCCGCAGCGAAAGCGGCCUCAGCGGCGGCCAAACAGGCGGCAGCGCAGGCCAUUGCAAUGGCUCAGAACACCAAUUUGGCGGCCCUGCAGGCCGAACAAGCUCAGGCAAAUCUCGAGAAAUACGUCUAUGGGGUGCCUGUGUCUUCCAUCCCGCCCUCCGUGUCGCCCAUGCCUCCCGCUGCGAUACAUCCCUAUCCCAUGAAGGCCGAGAUGCCUGUGGCUGGGCUUGUACUUGGAUGCUGUAGAUGGUCACAAGACGAAGCGGAGGAAGCGAAGCUUCGAAAGAAACCCAGGGUCUUAAAAAGAGACCUGGGACAGUUCUUGUGAUUCUGACAUAUGACCUGAAUGGUCUGAAUGGUCUGAAUGGUCUGAAUGGU